CCUUUGAACUAAAGGCAACGGAGCACUGUACAAAAAUCCAUAGAAUCGACCACCGUCUCAUCCUACCUCAGUGCCAGUUAAAAAUGCAUGUACGUAAAAAAGAGGAAGAAAAAAUAUGAAAGGAAACUGCCAGAGCUGGUGCUGUUUGUUGGUAUAUGUACAUAUUCCCUUUGUACCAACUGAGAAAUUAACACACACACCAAACCCUAGUUGGAUUGGAACAGCACAUAAUAUUAUCUCUUUAAUCAUAUUAUAUUAUCAGAAAUUUGAAUACUGAAAUUGGUUGAAUAGCUGCUCAAAAAAAAAAAAAAAAAAAGGUUGAAUAGGGAUGAUGUAGGUAGAAACUUCGUAUCGAAAAUGACAAAAACCGUUGACAAUCUGCAUAACAUCACCAGCCACCAUAUAUAAAAACGUCUCCCCCCUCUCUUCCAUCCCUUUCUCCACGCUAAUUAAUCUCACAAUUUUCAACUUUCAAACACAGAAAUUAAAUUAAAUUAACAAAAAAAAAAAGAGAGAGAGAGGAGAAGAAUAAGGCGAUGGACAACUCCACCACCAUGAGUUACAGUGGCGAUGAGACAGAAGGCAACGGCAUCGGAUUCGCAUACGGCAUAGGAGUCUCCGUCGGCGUCUUGGUCUUAAUAAUCAUCGUAACCCUUCUCUCCUACUUCUGCACUCGCAUGCGUUUCCCUCCAAACUACCCGUCGUUUCGAAGAUCGUCAAGCGCCGUCAGGCAGCUGCAACUCCAAAACGCCGCAGCAGCUGGUGGUGUCGAGUUGGGUCUUGACGACUCCGCUCUACGCAACUUCCCUCAGCUGCUCUACUCCCAAGCGAAGCUCCAUAAAAAUGAGUCAACGACUACGACGAGUUGUUCUAUAUGUUUGGGUGAUUACAAAGACACAGAUGUUUUAAGGCUGCUACCUGAUUGUGGUCAUCUUUUUCAUCUCACGUGCGUCGACCCUUGGUUGAGGCUGCGCCCCACGUGCCCGAUUUGUCGGAACUCCCCCGCCCCAACUCCGAUCGCUACUCCGCUUGCUGAGGUAGCGCCCUUGGCUGGGAGACGAGACUGAUUGCUUGGUGGAAGAGUCAUCACAGAGAUUUUGGGUGAUCAAUGAGAUUUUUGUACAUUUUUCCGAUUUUGAUUUACAUGGUUCUUUUUUGUUUAUUUUCCUCUUUCUAUCUAAGCACUACUGUUUACACCCUGAGAUAUUUGUACAGAUUCAGGAGGUUUCCAUUUUUGUUAGGGAGCUUCACAUUUAAGCCCAAAGAUAGAGCCUAAAAUGUAGAAAAAUCCUACACUACUAUCCAAAAUGUAGCUAAAUAAUAUUGUAAAUGGAGUACACAUUUUACAAUUGCAAACAUGAUUCUCGGUUUUAAA